AUGGAGGCAAGCCCACGGAACCCGGAAACAAUCCCAAGAAACCCGGAUGACAACAAUGGCGAAAAUGGGAAUAACCGCACCGUGUCUGUCCUCAGAGAAACGGAACCAGCUGCAACGGCAGUGGCCCGUCGCUCGGCAGCCGGUGGGAGUCGAGGAGGCGCUCGGGCUGUCGGCGGCGGCAGCGGCGGCGGCAGCGGCAGCGACGGCCGGGACGGGAGGCGACUGCAGCGGAGGCCACGGCGGCAGUGGAAGAGGCCGCGCAGCGGCGGCAGAAGGCCUCAGCGGCAGAAGAGGCGGUGGCGGCCCAGACGGGGGCGGCUGCGGCGGAGGCCACGGCGGCGGCGAAGAGGCUGCGCGGCGGUGGCGGAAGAGCCGGAAACAGCAGAGGCCACGGCGGCUGAAGAGGCAGCUGCAGCGGAGGCCGCGGCGGUGGAGCGAGGCGGCAGCGGCAGAGGCCGCGCGGCAGCAGAAGAGGCGGAGGCCGCAGCGGCAGAAGAGGCACUCGGCGUCCUCGGCGGGAGCGGCUGCAGCGGAGGCCGCGGCGGCGGAGUGAGGCGGCAGCGGCGGAAACGGCGGCGGUGGCCGGAACAGGAAACAGCUGCAGCGGAGGCCGCGGCGGGGGCGGAAGAGGCCGUGGCGGCGGAGGAGGAGGCCGGAGAGGCCGCGGGGCUGCGGCGGAAGGCCUCAGCGGCAGAAGAGGCAGCGGCGUCCCAGACAGGGGGCGGCUGCAGCGGAGGCCGCGACGGCGGAGGCCACGCGGCGGCGGCUGAAGAGACGGCAGGCGUCCCAGACGGGGGCGGCUGCAAUGGAUGGCUGCAGCGGCGGCGACGGCCGGAGCGAGGUGGAAAGGCCGUGGCGGCGGCAGAGGCGGCCGGAGCGAGGGCGGGAGCAACGGAGGCCGUAGCGGUGGCAGAGGAAUGGUAA